AUGUUCUCACACUCGACGCAGCGAAAGUACUGGAUGUUCUGCAGUGAACGGGAGCUAGCGAAUUUAAGAGAGGCAUCUAACACAAAUUACAUUCAAAACACAAUUGCCAGAGAUGGUCGACCAUCAACAGAAGAUAUUUACGAUACUUACCUUCUCCCUUCAGAGGAGCGAAUGCUGUACCGACACUACGAAUUCCUCCUUCGGGAAUUUUGCAAAAAAUUCCAACCGCCUGUACCCAAAGCCGUCAUGGGCACCUCGUUAGCUUAUUUCAAACGCUUUUAUCUGCGUAAUUCGGUCAUGGAUCUUCAUCCUAAGCACAUGAUCGUUACAUGUGUAUACCUAGCUUGCAAAGUUGAAGAAUUCAACGUAUCAAUCACGCAAUUUGUCAAUAAUGUCAAAGGUGAUAGGGAAAAAGCGCAAGAUGUAAUUCUUUCAAACGAGUUGCUUUUGAUGCAGCAUCUUCGCUACCAUCUUACUGUGCACAAUCCUUAUCGACCAGUAGAAGGACUUCUGAUUGACAUUAAAACUAGGAUGCAGCAUAUUAUUCAGGAUGCAGAGAAUCUACGUCCACUUAUGGAUGAUUUUCUGGAUCGCAGUCUUCUGACAGAUGCUAGCCUCCUGUUCGCUCCGAGUCAGAUUGCAUUGGCCGGCGUCGUGUAUGCUGUCAACAAGGCACAAUUCGAUUGCAACGAAUAUCUCAAUAUCUUAUUCCAGGAUGCACCUCCUGAAAAGCUGGCUCAUGCACGAAGGAUUUGCAAGGAAAUGCAUCAGAUGAUAAAGGCGAUAGACAUGCCUGCGAAAGAACAAGUAAAACAAAUUGAGAAAAAGCUGGAGAAGUGUCGAAAUCAAGAAAAUAAUCCUGAUUCGACGGCCUACAAACGAAAAAUGGAGGCUGAGGAGGAACGCUCGAACAAACAAGGACGGUUCGAGGAUAUGGACGAGUAACAGGUUUUAUAUAGGUUCAUUAUAAUUCGUGUGUACAUAUAUUCAAAUUUUCAGUUGGAUAGGAUAUAAUAAUGCUGAACAAAGCGUUAUACGGAAAUAAAUAACGAGCAGAAUUUUCAGUUAAGCUUUACAAAUGCGUUUUUUUUAACCUAAAUUUUUACUGUUUUUAAAUGUCU